AGAUCUUUGCCGGCUUAUAGGACACUUUUACCCUGCGUGCAUAUUGUUUCUUGCAUCGUUUCCUCGCUUCUACUCGACAAUUGCUUCCUAUCUGUCGCGCAAUCCCUCGAAUCGCUCGCUGCCAGCCUCCUUUCUUCCACUUCGAUCGACCCCGCGAAACCCCGCCAAAUCGACACCGCCAUGGCUCAAGAAGGCAUCUUCAGCGCCAACCUCCUCUCCCCUGAGGUCAAGGCUGCUCUGCCCGCUGGCUACACUCUGCGCGCUCUGCGAAAGUCCGACUUUGACAGUGGCUUCCUUGACUGCCUGCGCGUCUUGACCACUGUAGGCGAGAUCAGCGAGGCCGACUUUGCGAAGCAGUAUGACGAGAUGGCCGCUGCUGGCAGCUACUACAUCAUCAUCAUUGAAGACACCACUCGCGCAGAGCGCCCCGUUGUCGGAACUGGCGCUCUCAUCGUUGAGCGAAAAUUCAUCCACAACCUUGGCGCCGUCGGCCACAUCGAGGAUAUCGCCGUCGCAAAGGACCAGCAGGGCAAGAAGCUGGGUCUCCGAAUCAUCCAAGCCCUCGACUACGUCGCUGAGCAGGUCGGUUGUUAUAAGAGCAUCCUCGACUGCAGUGAGGCCAACGAGGGCUUCUACGUCAAGUGCGGCUUCCGACGAGCUGGUCUCCAGAUGGCCCACUACUACGAGGGCACCAAGGGAAGUAAAAUAUAA